AUGGUCGUCAACGUAUAUUCGUUAAUCAUUUCCAUAAUCUUCGCCAUCACCAUUUUAGCGUGCCGCAAUGUGUUGAGCUAUGCAUUCACCGAGGGAGAAACGGUCGCGGAGGCUGUUUCUGAGCUAUGCCCGCUUCUUGCCUUUACAAUUAUCCUCAAUGGAAUCCAACCUGUUCUUUCUGGUGUGGCGGUUGGAUGCGGAUGGCAAACAUUCGUGGCGAAAGUUAAUGUUGCGUGUUACUACAUGUUUGGUAUACCAAUUGGGGCUCUUUUUGGGUUUUACUUCGAGUUCGGUGCUAAGGGUAUAUGGACGGGAAUGAUAUGUGCCACGGUCGUACAAACAAUUAUUUUGGGGUGGGUCACGUUUAGUACGGACUGGAGAAAAGAGGUGGAGGAAUCUAGGAAGAGGUUGGACAAAUGGAACGACCAGAAAUUAGUACCGGGUUUAGAAUGA